AUGUGGUUACUCUCGCGCUAUACCCCUCUCUUCCCCCCACUCGCUCAACGUGUUCCCGUCACGUUGGACACGGCUUUGUUGGGAGCGGCUUCGACUCCGAAUCUAGCGUGGGAUCUGACGGAUCAAAUGAAUUGUACUAAUGGAGUUGGCUGGAUCUUGAACGUAUGUUGACAUAGAGUUUAUUGUGGUAUGAUUGAUGUUAAUGAACUAAAUUAAUUUUCUUUAUGAUCUAUAUUUGAAAAUGUAACUUUUUGUUUAAUUUGUUAUUUGAUUGUUUAUUUUACAGGUAUUUGGAGAUUGUGUAGAUACACCAUUGAAAUUGACAGGCUUUAUCAUUGGAUUGAUCUCAUUAGUAUUAUGGUUGGUUCCUUUGUUUCCACAGUUAUAUGAAAACUACAGAACUAAAAGAUGUGAAGGAUUGUCAAUUUUCUUUUUAUUGUUUUGGUAGGAUUUUAAUUUGUUUUAUGAUUUUAGGCAACAAGUCGUUACCUGGAUGAAGAUUCAAGUAAACAAAAGCAAAUUAAAGCAUUGCUGUAAAAAUAAAUUACUCCGUAGCUUAUUUUGCAAAGAUAAAUUACCACAUAGUUUUUUUAACAACCGGAAACAUCUUUUUAAUGAAAAUAUUGUUUUAGGAUAACAGGAGAUACGUGCAAUAUGAUUGGAGCUGUCUUAACUCAUCAACAGCCUCUACAACAAAUUAUUGGUGUGUAUUAUAUCUUUCAAGAUGUAAUUUUACUGUCGCAAUAUGUAUACUACACAAAAAUUUAUCAAUCUAGCAGGCGUAAGGAUUUUGUUUUUGGAUUUUAGGUUUUUAAAAAUGGUAACAAGUUUGAAUUUUUAGAUUUUUUAGUAAGUUGUUUUAAAAGUUUUUAUUAAAUUUACGUUUUCAAGCCUAUAGUAUAGCUUUAUAGUUGAAAAAAGGUUAGGUUUGCUUUUUUUCUUUAUAAUUUUGAGCUGUUGAGGGAUAAGAAAGCUGUAACAUCAUUUAAAAUUCCACAAACUUAAAAAAAUGUAAAAAAUAAUUUUUAUGAUUUUUUAAGGCAUUAAAAGUAUACUUUUGCUGUUUCAGAGAGCAUGACAGGAAGUGCAGUUGUAGUACCAGCGAUGGUAUUUGGUAUGUUUGGAGGAAUGACCUUGUUAUCAUCAACCCCUGGCCCAAAUACAGUAGAAUUGGUGAAAGAAGUUGGCAAAAGAUAUGCUGAUCAAUCAGCAGUUGAAUUUCCACCAAUUUUUGAAAGCUAUUCUGAUGCUGUAAGUUUUAAUAUAAUACAUAUCAUUGUAGAUCAGGUUAAUAUAUACAUAUGUUGUUGUAGAUGAUGUUGUGGUAUAGAAAACCUUGCUUUUUUCCUUUUUAAAUGCUGAGUAUCAAUCCACUACUGUAGUAUUUUACGCCUUAUUGAUCAACUUAAAACAAUAUUUUCAGCUCGGUUACGCGAUUGGCUCAGUAGCCGCGGUCUGCUACUUUUCUGGUCGAAUUCCUCAACUCUUGAGAAAUUACUACCGCAAAUCCUGCGAUGGCCUGUCUCUAGCUAUGUUUUACAUUAUUGUGUUGGCCAACCUGACUUACGGUCUUUCCGUUCUUCUCGAAUCGACCGGUUGGAUCUACUUGUUGAGACAUCUGCCAUGGCUAGCUGGGUCUCUUGGAUGUUGCUUCUUCGAUGCCAUUGUUAUUGCGCAGUACUAUCACUAUCAACGGCUCAGAGCGAACAGAGAACAAGAAGAUGUUGUUGGUCUGUUGGAUGGGGAAGAGGACGAAGAGUAG